GCGCGGAUCGUCUACCCAGGGUAAAGCUGGGUAGUUCCAUACCCAAAGCAGAUUUCCGGACCUGCAGAAAGAGAAAGGAGAGCAGGGAGGUCACCAGCUUUCGUAGGCAGGAAAGUGGCGGAGCCGUACAGGACCUGUUUCACUGCAGGGGGAUCCAAAACAAGCCCCGUGGAGCAGCAGCCAGAGCUACAGCAGCCGCAAGACACUGUUUUUCUCCCUCUGCCCCCCCUUCCCCACGCAACCCCAGAUCCAUUUACACUUUACAGAGGAUCGUGCAGCAGAUCACCAGGGUGGUCCAUUCAAGCUGCAGAUUUGUCUGUCAUCUUCGGACAGCAGGCUCGUCCUCCACAGCUACUGCAGGAGAGCGCGUCACCCAUCAGCAUUCUGGAGCAAAAUGAAAGAGUUUAUUUUGAGGCCUCCAAAGUAGUGCUGCUACACACCAUGAACAAGAAAGAGAAGACCUCAGCCUGCAUGAACGGUCUUGAAAUGCGAAUGGUCUUGGGUCUAGGCUUUUUAUAUUGAGUUUCUCUACUGUCUCCCCUUCUGCUCAAGCAAAAUCUGUGUGAAAAGAUCUGCUGGGAAGGAGCUGACUGCUUAUGAUUCUCCAUUGUGAUGAAAGCACGUGGUACAGUUUUCCAAAGAAAUUAGUCCGUUUUCUGGGUGAAGAGAAACCAAUCUGUUUUCACAGGGUACUUCUCCCUUCCCUGUGAAAGGAAGAAAGAACACGCCUGGGCCCAGGAGCGCUCCAGCUUCUUGUGGGAAGUCUCCAUGGUGAAGGACAGGUUGGGGCUACCUGUGAACCGUGCACGGUGAAUGUUAUUCCAGGGCGGCUGCUGGCGGAUCGCACCCACAGGGAGAUGAUUCCUCAUGAAGAGCCUGGAUCCCCUACAGAAAUCAAAUGUGACUUUCCGUUUAUCAGACUGAAAGCAGAGCCAGCCAGAGAGUGAAACGGUCACCGUGGAGGGGGGACGGCGAAAAAUGAAAUCCAACCAAGAGCGCAGUAACGAAUGCCUGCCUCCCAAGAAGCGCGAGAUCCCCGCCACCAGCCGGCCCUCGGAGGACAAGGCCACGGCUGUGCCCAGCGACAACCACCGCGCGGAGGGCGUGGCAUGGCUCCCGGGCCACGCGGGCGGCCGGGGCCACGCGGGCGGGCGGCUCGGGCCGGCGGGGCCCCCGGCGGAGCUCGGUUUACAGCAGGGAAUAGGUUUACACAAAGCGCUGUCCGCGGGGCUGGACUACUCCCCGCCCAGCGCGCCCCGGUCCGUCCCGGCGACCACGACGAUGCCCGCGUACCCGCCCCCGCAGUCCGGGGCCCCGGUGUCGCCCGUGCAGUACGCCCACCUGCCGCACACCUUACAGUUCAUCGGCUCUUCCCAGUACGGCGGGCCCUACGCCGGCUUCAUCCCUUCUCAGCUGAUCUCCCCCACGGCCAGCCCCGUCACCAGCGCGGUGGCCUCGGCCGCGGGGGCCGCCACUCCAUCCCAGCGCUCCCAGCUGGAGGCCUAUUCUACCCUGCUGGCCAACAUGGGCGGCCUGAGCCAAGCCUCGGGGCACAAGGCUGAGCAGCAGCAGCAGCACUUGGGCAGGACCGCGGGGCUCCUGCCCCCCGGGUCCCCACCACCCACCCAGCAGAACCAGUACAUGCACAUCUCCAGCUCGCCGCAGAGCGCCGCGCGCCCGGCCUCCCCGCCGGCCAUCCCCGUCCACCUGCACCCGCACCAGACGAUGAUCCCGCACACGCUCACCCUGGGGCCCUCCCCGCAGGUCGUCGUGCAGUACACCGACUCCGGCAGCCACUUCGUCACCCGCGAGGCCACCAAGAAAGCCGAGAGCAGCCGGCUGCAGCAGGGCGUGCAGGCCAAGGAGAUCCUGAACGGGGAGAUGGAGAAGGGCCGCAGGUACGGGGCGCCCACCGCGGCCGACCUGGGCCUGGUGAAGGCGGGCGGCAAGGCCGUUCCCCACCCGUACGAGUCCAGGCACGUGGUGGUCCACCCCAGCCCCGCCGACUACGGCGGCCGCGACUCCUCCGGGGUGCGGGCCUCUGUGAUGGUCCUGCCCAACAGUAGCACCCCCGCCGCCGACCUGGAGGUGCAGCAGGUCACCCACCGAGAGGCCUCCCCGUCCGCCCUCAACGACAAGAGCGGCCUGCACCUAGGGAAGCCCGGGCACCGCUCCUACGCGCUGUCCCCCCAGCAGGCCCUGGGCCCCGAAGGCGUGAAGGCCGCCGCCGUCGCCACGCUGUCCCCCCACACGGUCAUUCAGACCACACACAGUGCUUCGGAGCCCCUCCCGGUUGGACUGCCGGCCACAGCCUUCUACGCAGGGACUCAGCCGCCCGUCAUCGGCUACCUGAGCAGCCAGCAGCAAGCGAUCACCUACGCCGGCGGCCUGCCCCCGCACCUGGUCCUCCCCGGCACCCAGCCCCUGCUCAUCCCUGUGGGCAGUGCUGACAUGGAGGGGUCGGGUGCGGCCCCGGCCAUCGUCACGUCGUCGCCCCAGUUUGCUGCAGUGCCUCACACGUUCGUCACCACCGCCCUUCCCAAGAGCGAGAACUUCAGCCCCGAGGCCCUGGUCACCCAGGCCGCCUACCCAGCCAUGGUGCAGGCCCAGAUCCACCUGCCCGUGGUGCAGUCGGUGGCAUCCCCUGCAGCCGCGCCCCCUACGCUGCCUCCCUACUUCAUGAAAGGCUCCAUCAUCCAGCUGGCCAACGGGGAGCUGAAGAAAGUGGAGGACUUAAAGACGGAAGACUUCAUCCAGAGCGCAGAGAUCAGCAACGACCUGAAGAUCGACUCCAGCACGGUGGAGAGGAUCGAGGACGGCCACAACCCGGGCGUCGCCGUGAUACAGUUCGCUGUCGGGGAUCACCGAGCACAGGUCAGCGUGGAAGUUUUGGUAGAGUAUCCUUUUUUUGUGUUUGGACAGGGCUGGUCAUCCUGUUGCCCGGAGAGAACCAGCCAGCUCUUUGAUUUGCCGUGUUCUAAACUCUCCGUUGGGGACGUCUGUAUCUCGCUCACCCUCAAGAACCUGAAGAAUGGCUCUGUUAAAAAGGGCCAGGCCGUAGAUCCCACCAGUGUCCUGCUGAAGCACUCAAAGACCGACGGCCUCGCGGGCAGUAGACACAGGUACGCCGAGCAGGAAAACGGGAUCAAUCAGGGAAGUGCCCAGAUGCUCUCUGAGAAUGGCGAACUGAAGUUUCCAGAAAAAAUAGGAUUGCCUGCCGUGCCCUUGCUCACCAAAAUAGAACCCAGCAAGCCCGCGGCCACGAGGAAGAGGAGGUGGUCGGCGCCGGAGAGCCGCAAACUGGAGAAGUCGGAAGACGAGCCACCUUUGACUCUUCCUAAGCCUUCUCUCAUUUCUCAGGAGGUUAAGAUUUGCAUUGAAGGCCGCUCUAAUGUAGGCAAGUAGAGGCCGUGUGGGGAAAGGAAAUCUGGCCCUCCUUUAUCAUUUGUAUCCAGAUUACUGUACUGUAGGCUAAAUAACACAGUAUUUACAUGUUAUCCUCUUACUUUAGGGUUCUGUUAUAACCUUGUCCUUAGAGUUACAGCGGGGGUUGGGCAGGAGAUGGUGCAUAUGCUUUUUCCACGCGUGUCUCUCAGCGGGUGGGCAGGCAGGGGCUGGGGCAGGUCCAGCCCGGGCUCUGGGCGGGCGUCCUGGUGGAAAUGAACGUGGCCCCAUGGUGCCUGCCUUUUCUAGCAGUGCAGAUGCACCCAUGGGGUGCCGACUUCUCCCAGUUUCGGGACGACGGGCUGCAGGGGGUGCGUGCGUGCGUGCAAGUGAGGGUGCCCGGGUGCCACGGCAGGUGAGGGUCUCUUUCUCUCUGCCUCCCUCUCUCUUGCUCUCAGCACGGGAUUGGAGGUCCAGGGGAACGUCCUCAUGAGGUUCUCACGUGCAAAAUCAGCAUCAGGACCCCAGGUUCAGGGCAUCCCAGAGAGGCCGUCAGACAGCAGAUGGAAAACUAACCGUGUAAAAGAACAUUUUUUUUUUCCUCCAACAUAUUUUACAAUAAAAGCGACUUUUAAUCAUAGAGAUAUAUAUUCCCCCCAUGGGGCCUGACUGCACUGAUAUUUUUUUAAAGAGCAACUGCCACCCGUGGGAUUUCGUUUCUGCUUUACUAGUGCAGUGAUGUCUCCAGGGCAUCGUGGUGGGCAGGGCAGCCCCUGAUGCCAUCGCUCCGCACCUGGGAGGUGGUGGGCAGCAGGGGUGGCGGAGAGUGAAACCCACCCUGGUCUCUGUGCAGUGUUAGGAAAACCAAUCAGGUUAAUUGCAUUGACUUCACUCCCAAGAGAUAGACACAAACUGCCCUUCAAGAGAGCCGCGGAAGCUCUUCGCAUUGGGUUUGCAAAUCUUCUGUCUUUUAACUCUAGUACUGUUUAUAGUUCAUGACUAUGGACAACUCGGGUGCCACUUUUUUCAGAUUCCAGUGUGACGUGAGGAAUUAGAUUUUGAAGAUGAGCAUAUAUAUUACUAUCUCUAAGCACUUAAAAUGCUGUUCACACUUUAUUACCAAGCAUCUUGGUCUCUCAUUCAACAAGUACUGUAUCUCACUUUAAACUCUUUGGGAAGAAAAACUAAGUUGCUUUCUUUUUUUUCAACACUGUAACUACAUUUCAGCUCUGCAGAGUUUCUCACGGAGCAAGAUGUUGAAAGUUUCAAUGUGGUUUAAUGGGAUGAAUGUGAAUUUUGAACUAGUAUGUGACAAUGAAUGACCACCAAGUACAGCCUGACAGGAGGCACUCUUCACUUUGAUGUUUGAGAAGGAAUUAAAAGCAUAUGCAGAGCUGGCAGAGGAACUGAGAGGAAAGGGAUGGAAAAAAGAAUACUCACUUUUGUCCAGUGUUUUUCUUUUUAAGACGAACUUUUAAAGAACCUUGCGAUUUGCACAUCUUGAGUUUAUAAUUUGUGUGAUAUUCCUGCAGUUUUUAUCCAAUAACAUUGUGGGAAAGGUUUGGGGGACUGAACGAGCAUAAAUAAAUGUAGCAAAAUUACUUUCUAACCUGCCUAAACUCUAGGCCAUUUUAUAAGGUUAUGUUCCUUUCAGAAUUCAUUUUGGUCUUCUUACCGCAUCUGUCACAUAAAACCAGGUCUUAGCAGGACAACUCUGAGAAUUUUCUUCAGAUUCAUUGAGAGAGUUUUCCAUAAAGACAUUUAUGUAUGUGAGCAAGUUUUUUUUAAAAAAAGAAAACGAUUACUUUAUUGUUGUUGUUACUGAUGUUAUUUUCAGAAUGACUUUUAUUUUUCCAUCUGAAAUCAAAUCAAGAUUUAAUGUUUGGUACAAACCCAGAAAGGGUAUUUCACAGUUGAAACCUUUUAUUCCCAGAGAUCUGAAAUAUUGUUUGUGGGUUUUGCGUUUGCAUUUUAAAGUGCUUUAAAAAAAAAAAAAAAGUUUUAUAAGGAGGGAGAAAUUUUUAAAUAUUCUUACUUGGAAUGGCUGCAACUUACCUGAUUUUUUUUUUUUUACCAUUGAGAAUAGUACUUUUUCCAUUUCACAAAUUAAAAAAAAAUUCUAAUGUCAACCCACAUUUUGCCUAUCUAGUAUUCACAUUUAGCUCUCAGCAGAACUAAUGAUUUUUACAAACCAUUUUCUGGGGUGUACCAAAAACAUUGGAAUAGGUUUAGAAUAGCUAGAUCCAGCCCUUGACUUUCUUUGAUUUUCAUUCCCCUCUCAGCAUGCUAGCAGAGAGCUGGGCGAGUCCUUUCUUGCAGUCAUAUUGCUUAUUUAGUGCUGUAUUUUUUUAAAUGUCUCUGUUCAGAGAACUUGCUUAAUCUUCCAUAUAUUCUGCUCAGGGCACUUGCAAUUAUUAGGCUUUGUUUUUCUUUUUGUUUUGAUGGUAAGAGGAAUAUGGGGCUGCCAUUAUAGACUUCGUCCUCAUCAAUACCACUCAUUACAGCAACUUACGUGGACUCAGAGAAACACCCACCACCUUUUGGCUUCUUUCGAGUAUGGAACUAACUGGAUCCACACCUCCAACACUAAAAUGGGAAAACAUAACAUGGUUUGGAGCAAUAGGGACAUCAUCAUCGUUUUUGUGCUUCUAUUUCAGGUAUAGGAAUUAUCAAAUAAUUGGUUCUUUCUAAACAUGGUCCCAUUUCACUUUCUUGCUUUUUUAGCAUGUGCAAUACUUUCCGUGCCAAUAGAGUCUGAUCAGCGUGCUCUAGAGAAAGCUCAGACCCUUUUGGCUUUUUCCUUACUCGGUCCCUCUUUCCUGUUCUGGCCAGAGAAGGGCUGGAAGGAAGGAGCCAGGAAGGGGAGGGCCUCCUGCUGCGCGUUUGCCCUGCUGCGGAUGCCGAAUCCUGGGGCAGGGAGCUUGCUUUCGGGAGCCCUGUCUGUCGCCUUGUUGCAGAAAGAGCAAGCAAAGGAGGUGGAAGGGGAGAACGGCACUUCCCCCGUCACCACGAGGAAUAGUGAAUGUGCAGUGCAGACAGGAGGGAGACAGAGUCCUUUCUGAGGCACACUCUGGAGCAGUGUAGUGCCAGGAUCAACCCAUGCUCCAUGAUCUUUUCCGCCAGUGGGCAGGUCUGUGUCCUUGAGACUUCAAGCCGAGCCUCUGGGCGUGGGCAGGAAGCGUGGCCCGCCGUGUGCGCGCCUUCCAAGCGUCCGGCCGGUGGCUAUGGAGGGGGCCACCUGCGAACAAUGGUCACCACUCCUUUGUGGCAGCUCUCUCUUCACAUAGGAAGAACAUCCAGAGGACAAGGGCCUCCUCUUGUUUGCAGACAGUGGCGAGCCCCAAGGCUCCCAGAGCAGCCUUUGUCACUGCGCCUGCGUAGCCGACCUAACAAUGACAGGCAUAGAAACCCUUCCGUGCCGUGCAGCUUACGAGGAUCAGCGUGUGCCUCUGUACUGUGUCCACUUUGCAAUAUUUACUGAACCCGUCUUUUCGUUCUCCUUUCUUUCCUGUUUUCCAUUUUGAAACUAAUAACAGCAGGCCUUUUGCGUUUACAGUGGAACACAAUCACCAAGAAAUUAGUCAGGGCGAAAAGAAAAAAAAUAACAACCAACAAACAAGAACCUCUCUUUAUAGGGAUUUCUAAAUAUAUAAAAUGACUGUUCCUUCCUUAGAAUGUUUUAACUUAAGAAUUAUUUCAGUUUGUCUGGGCCACAUUGGGGGUGAGGUGGGGAUACAGAGAUGGGUGCCACUUACCUCAAAUCUUUUAACGUGGAAAUCCAAAAUUGCUUUUUCAUUUGGACGUUCAGGACAAUUUUCUAUGUUGGUCAAUUUUUUGUCUUUUCCAACUCACCCAGUUUGUUUUGGGAUGAUUUUUUUUUUUCAUUGCUGUCGUCAAUCCCAUUUCUCACUCUGAAUCAUGACCCUUUGUGUUUUCUGUUCGGUGAGUGUGUUGGGUUUUGUCCCCCACCGGGAAGUGGCGGCACCCCUCCUUCUCCCCUCUAAGGAACUCUGCGGAACCUUUCACACCUCUAACUCAGGGACGGGGCUGGCGUGUGUGUGUGGUACACUGAUGUGUCCAGAAGCAGCACUUUGACUGUUCUGGAGUAGGGUUGUACAAAACUUCAAGGAAUGUUUGGAUUUCCUGCAUCUUGUGGAUUUCUCCUUAGAUACUGCAUAGAUUGCAAUAUAAUGCUGCAUGUUCAAGAUGAACAGUAGCUCCUAGUAAUCAUAAAAUCCACUCUUUGCACAUAGUUUGAUCUUUACUGAAAUACGUUGCCAAAAUUUAUUUUUGUUGUGGUGUAGUUUUGGAAUUUUUGUUUUUUUUUUUUUUAAGGAAACAAUUGAUAAUACCCUUUAACAUCUGUGACUACUAAGGAAACCUAUUUCAUAGAGAGAGAAAAAAAUCUCAAAUGCUUUUGAAGACACUAAUGCCAUGCUAUUUCAGAUCUGGGUGAAGAAGCAGAGCUCCGUGGACUGAAGGCCAGGCUUUUUGAGCUGUGUUGGUUGUCAUGGCUACUGUUUCAUGAACUGCAAGCAGCUCAACAAACCAUGGUCUGUUUUCUCCUAAAACCCUUUGCACUUCCUAUCUCCUAGUCACCCGUGAUGAUCCCAGGUGAAAAAAGGGCCAGUGGUCUCUGUGGCCCAAUCCAGCUUCUUCGGGGUGAUGUGAAAGCAAAGGGAAUUAUGCUUUUUGGUUUUUAAAGUGAAGUGGAGGUCUCUGCUUCCACCUUGUUUUCAACCCAGAAUUUCUGAAAUAGAGAAUUUUAAGAACACAUCCAGUAAUAACUAUACAGAGAAUAUACUUUUUUAUAAAGCACAUGCAUAUGCCAUUGUGUUGGGUUGGUUUCCUCUUUUUUUCCAUGGACAGUGUUGUGUUUCUGUUGAUAGGGAAACUCCAAACUGUUUGCACACCUCUACUCUGGAGCUGAGAUUUCUUUUACAUAGAUGACCUCGCUUCAAAUAUGUUACCUUACUGAUAGGAUCUUUUCUUGUAGCACUAUACCUUGUGGGAUUUUUUUUUUUUUUUUUAAUGUACACCUAAUUUGAGAAGCUGAAGAAAAAAAACUUCGAAGCACUCACUUUGAGGAGUACAGGUAAUGUUUUUAAAAAUUGCACAAAAGAAAAAUGAAUGUCGAAAUGAUUCAUUCAGUGUUUGAAAGAUAUGGAUCUGUUGAAACAAUGAGUUUCAUACCUUGUUUGUAAAAAAAGAAGAAAAAAAGCAUAAAGGUUGAAAGUUACAUGUUUUUUUGUAUAUAGAAAUGUGUCAUGUCUAAAUGAUCAGAUUUGUAUGGUUAUGGCCUGGAAGAAUUACUACGUAAAAGGCUCUUCAACUAUACCUAUGCUUCCUCUAUGUUUCUGUUACAUAGAACCCUCUUCUGAGGGAGAGUAACUCUGUAUUCUGCGAUUUGAGAAUACUCUUCAUUCCUAUGCCGAAAGUACUUCUCUGAGCUCCCUUCUUAAACUCUUAAGCCAUUGCAACUCCUUUUUCUUCAGAGAUGAUGAUUGACAUUUUCAGCACUUCCUGUUCCAAUAAACCCAAAGAAUAUAAUUCUGAACAAGAAGUGUUUGUAACAAGGGAUCCUAGCUACCAAGAAAACAGGACUCAUUUACGAGGACACACACAAAAAAACAUUCAGCCUUCUUUCCCCCCAACACCUCAGUUUAAUGGGGGGUGGGGUAAAACAAGGAUUUCAGUUGAAAUGCCUCAUUUUACUUUGGUUUUGAUUUUUCUUUACUAUUUAAGAGGCCAAAAUAAAUGUGGAACAACUUCUCAGAAGUCAUAUACUCUGUCCAGAAAUCAAGCUAGCCAGCAGAAACUGGACAGCUGGGGGGAUAUUGAGCAAAUCCCCCUCCAAUUCUUAAAUUCAGAAUCUCAGCCCUUCCCUUACUUACAUGCAAUGUUUCUGGUAGCUGACAUUUACCUGUACGGUGGCGGGAGGGAACAGCGGCUUCAGUUUUUCAUAUCCUCAUGACUUGCAUACAAAUGGUUCAGCUGUAUUAAAAUUAAGUGCUUUGGGCCAAUAGGUAGUAUCUAUACAGUAACCGUCUCUUAAGAAUUUUCUGUCACUUUUCUUAUCUGAAAGGACUCCAGUCUUCCACUGCAGAUAAUUGGAGAUUUCACCCAAGUUUUCUUUCCCUUUAGUUUGUUCGUUUGCUGUUGGGAUGGCCGAUGAGCCAGUCUCCUUUUCCAUGGCCAGUCUGAAGGCCCCCUUUGGAAGCGCUGUUUACAGUCAUCCUUGCCGAGGUAACAUUCUGUCCUCUGGAAUAGCAAAUCUGAGCA